CUAUCAAACUGCAGUCAGUGGAUUGAAAAACCAAUUAAAAAGAGCAGAACUUCUUAUAAGACUGUCAGAUAAAAUAGUGCUUGGAGACCGGACUGUUAUUCCUUUUGGAGUGGACUACCUGCAGUGUGAUAUGUUUCUGUAUUGGAACAUCCUUACGCUGCUCCUCCUGCGUUCAGCUCUGUCAAGACCACUGAGCUCUCUGACCACACCAUCCAGAGGCUGUCCCACCUGUAAAGGAAAGUCCACCCAGAGUCAGCCCACUGGAAACUCAAACACCACAACGCUGGCAGCUGGAGAGCCAUGUGGGGUCUACACUCUGAGCUGUGCCCACGGUUUGCAAUGUACACCUCCAGAAAAUGACUCGAGGCCUCUCAGAGCUCUGCUGGAGGGCAGAGGAGUCUGCAAUAACAUCAGCGACAUCAACACAACUGUAUCGACCCACUCUGUAGACACAGCACCUACUGAGGACCCAGAUGAGGUACUAAACCUCUUUAACUAUCAUUAUAGUUCAGAAUCUGCCACACUAACCUUCUGA